ACCUUUUCAGAAACAGGGAGGGUAGUAAUAAAAAAAAAGCGUCCUCAUCUGCAUGUGAGGUAUUUAAGAGCUACUGAGAAUCUGAACAGUCCUCUAAUCUGCACGUUCACACACAGGGAACACCAGAAAGACUCAGAGAAAGAAGAAGAAGAAGUUAUCAUCAGAUCAGGUUAUUUUCCAAGGAAGUGUAAAAUGAAGCUGAUGUACGGACCCCCUCUUCUCCAUUUGCUGCUGUACUUUGCAUCCCACACAUUAGGCGUCAGGAUCGAGUCUGAACCAGCGGUCAACAGUGAUGGUUUAAUACAGCUGGAGCUGGAGCAGAGUGUCUCUCUGGUUUGUCAGCCUGAAGGCGUCUUGGAGACUGAUGAAGAGCUGGUCUGGCUGAGAAAUGGUGCUGCAGUCAGUCUUAAGGAGGGAAAUACGAAGGGUGGCAGCAAAGUGUGUGUCACACCUGUUAUCGCUGGAGACAAUGAAGCCACUUUCACCUGCCACCUCAGAAAAAACGCCACAAUCAGCGCCUCAGUCACCCUGAUUGUCACAUAUCCCCCGCAGCUCUCUGGGUCACAGGAGAUCUCAAUAGAAGAGGAGGAAACGCUGGUCCUGGUCUGUGAUGUCUGGGCCAAUCCACAAGUCUCAUCCGUGUCUUGGAUGCUGAAUGGAAGCACAGUUGAUCUUUUAGAAGGUGUCUUCACAGUGACCAAUGAUGGAUUUACAAGCCAGCUCUCCACCAACAGUGUGGAGAAAAACCUGCAUGAAGGCACCUACAAUUGCAGUGCUUAUUCUCCCAUGUAUGGCCAACACGACCGACUCUUUGAUGUCACGGUAACAGAGAAAACCAUAAAGUUCCCGCUGAUGCCCCUCAUAGCUGGGUUGGUGGUGGUGUUCCUCACCGCACUUCUUGCUGUUGCUUCACGAUGGAAAAACAUUAGAAAGUGUUGCAAGUAGGCUGUGGCAAAAACAGUCAGCCCUCCAUUCUUCUUCAAGCGAAAGAAGACGUAAAGACUUCUCCUCUGUGUUUAGAGUGCACGAGGCUAUGGUUCUUUUUAUUUAAAUAUAUUUAAUAUUGCAUUUUGGGAGUUUGUAGACCAAUACCAGUCUCCUAAAAAGAUGAAGUUAGUUGGUUUAGUUUAGCAUUAAGAGCUGAAACAAAGGGGGAAAAGUAAUCCCAAUAAAACCACUUUAUGUUGGUUUUGGUACAGAUCUACGGGAGCCCUAAGCGGACAUAUAUCCAUACAUUUUAUUUACUCUGUUACUCUGUUUUCCUGAGAUAAUUAGGAGUUAUAAGGACAACAAGCUGGUUUUGCUUUACCAAAAUAACAAGACAAAUGAGUCAAGAUAUCAAGAAACCCAACAGAAAUGACUUUAACAGAGAAUUAAGUAAAUAAAAUGUAUUAUUGUAUGUCUGCUUAGGGCCUCCCUACAGAUCAAACAAACUGAGACAUAGUUUAUUAAUCAGCUUUAGAGCUACAGGUAGGUGCAUUUUAAAACUUAAAAAACAGGCUCAGUGUUUCCAUUUGUUUCCAGUCUUUGUGCUAUGCCAUGCUAACUGUAUGCUGUUGCUUCAUAUUUAUCAUAAUCACGUGAAGUCGUUUAAUCUGACUCUCAGUACCUGAGUACGCAUUUGUUGGAAUACCUGUGAAGCUUUCGAAAUGACCUUGAACAAGCACCCUUUUUAGCACCCUGACCUUGAAAAGCACAUUUUAAAGACUCCACUUCCUGUAUUUGUUAGUAUCUUUGCAAUAAAAGUGCUUUUGUAUCAUGACUA